AUGGCACUCCGGCUUUUCCUCUUGGUCACCUCGGCAGUGGCGACACCAGAGCCUGUAGGUCCUGUUUGCUCCGGCUCCAUCGAACUUCAGGGCCACGGUUCCAUUCAAACAGCCAACGCCCACUGGAAUGUGCCGGGAGAAUUGGCUGGAAGCCUGGAAGUGAGUGAUGGAGCUAUUCACGUAUUCAUGAAGGGCCGAACGUACUUCUCAGAUACUUGCUUGCCCACGCAGUUCAACAACAGCCACUAUUCCAAGAUCUUCUUGCUUGGAAAAAGCUUGCGAUGGACCACUGACAUCUCACAGACAGACUGUGGGUGCAAUGCAGCGUUUUACCUCGGUUCACUUCACCAAAACUCCGACAUCUCAAAAUGCGAAGACCAUUACUGCGAUGCCAACGACGUGUGCGGUGUGCGCUGUACAGAAAUAGACUUGCAAGAGGCUAACAAGUAUGCUUUCCACUCUGUGUUGCAUUUGCCAGACGACAAUUCCGGCAUGGGACUAGGGUACGGUGGUGGAGGUUUAGAUUGGAGCUGGCACCGAGACUGGACCAAAGAAGAGUAUGGUCCAGGGGCCAACUGCAUUGACACCAACCACCCCUUCGAGGUCGAAGUCGGGUUUCCUGUUGGGAGCGAUGGUCAACUUGUGGCGAUAACAACCCGGCUGGCCCAACUCGGAAGUCCAUGUGAGCUGACUGCACAGGUCUUGACGGAUUCCUACACUUUCCAGGGACGGAAGAGCACGAGUGAGCUUACCCAAGCCCUCCAUGAAGGAAGGACGCCCAUCGUCAGUUAUUGGAGCGCCGAGAACAUGCAGUGGAUGGAUGGCGAAGGUGCAGAUGGGUUGGGCCCGUGUCCCGAAGACGUCCCGGAGCAGUGCGGAGCAUCCGUCCAAUUCUAUGCAGCCUGGUGGCAGGCUUCGCUUGAGACCCUGCAGUUUUUGUUCUUCAGCGGUCAGUUGAUGGAAAUCGUCCUGGACAUGGAAAAGACCAGUCGCUUCUUGGAAGCUGCCGAGGAGAUGUAUCAAAGACCUGAUAAAGUACUUUAUCACAACAAUGUGCAUGCAGCAGACGUGACACAAGGCGUGCAUGCCUUGCUCGUGCAAUUUGGUUUCGCAGCUUUCUUCGAUCAGCUCAGCAUCCUGGCACUUCUCCUGGGCGCUGUGGUGCACGACAUGGGCCAUGAUGGGCGAACGAAUUCUUACCAUGUGAAUGUCGGGGACGACAUAGCCUUGACAUGGAACGAUAUUAGCGUUCUGGAGAACAUGCAUAUCUCGAAGACGUUCAAGCUCAUGGUCAGCGAUCCAUCUUCAAAUAUAUUGGAUGGGUUGAAGCAUGAUCACCGCACUCGCCUUCGGAAAGAAAUGGUGGAGGUGGUUCUCGGUACAGAUAUGUCGUCUCAUUUCGGGAAUGUGGCUGACUUCAAGACGUUGGUCGAGAAGCUUGGGAACGACACGCAGGAGUGGCACGAAGAGAAAGCCAUGUCUGCAAUGCGGGUGAUGGUCCUCCAUGCGAUAGAUAUCUCUAAUCCGGCCAAGAUCUUGCCGCUUUCGGACAAGUGGUCAGAUCUGCUGCGACAAGAGUUCUUUCUGCAAGGGGACCAGGAGAAGGAGCUUGGCCUGCCCGUGUCUCCUCUCUGCGAUCGUGACACCGUGCGGUUCGCAAGCUCGCAGGUCGGUUUCUUUACCAUCAUCGUGCAGCCCACCUUUGCGCUGUUGGCGGAGCUGCAGCAUAGAGUGAAGGAUACCCAGCUUGCGCACCUUCGGAAAAAUACGGAAGCCUGGGAGACACGGAAGAAGGCAGAGUGCAGCGAACAUGUAAGUCCCUCGCUUCGCGGAUCUCCACGUCAGAUUGCUGUGCCUUCCACUGGGUGUGCGACCAGAGGGUCCUACACGAGGCACGAGCCUGGGCCAAGCGCCAGAACAACUUCGAGCCCACCCGGUGCGCCAAGUGUCUCCAGCGAGCCCAGUCCGCUGCGGAGCUUGCCUGGGGUCUCAUCUUCCAGAUGUCCCUGA